AUGAAAAUGAUAGUCGGAAAAGAAGAAGUUGUAGACAAAGCGUUAAAGGAAUGGUUCUUACAAGUAAAGAAAAAAGAUGCCCGUAUUAAUGGUCCACUUUUACGCCAAAAAGCAGAAGACUUGGCAAAGAAAAUGGGGAAAGACGAUUUUGUUGCGACGGAAGGAUGGUUUCAACGUUGGAAGAAAAGGGAGAACAUCAGCUUCAUUAAAACACAUGGAGAGCAAAGGGAAGCCGAUUUUAGUGCGGCACAAUCGUGGUUUAAAACUCAUUGGACCGAUUUGCUAUCCCAGUAUUCCCCCUCUGAUAUUUUCAAUGCCAACGAGACUGGGCUUUAUUUUAGAGCUCUACCUGAACACACAUACGCACUCAAAAUUGACAAAGCUAAAGGGGCAAAAACGAGCAAAGAGUGA